GGGUUGUGGGACUGUGUGGAGAAGGGUUUCCACGUGGUUUUGGAGGAGUUUGGGGAGCCGGGUGCAUGGAAGCCGCUCCGAAACCCUGUAGCAAGGCCCGGAGCCAGGCUCAGGGCAAGAAACAGCCUCUACGAUACUGGGAAGGGAAAGCUGAUGAAGCCAGUUCUCUCCCAUCCAAUCUCACUGCCCCAGACUCUGUCAUCGCAACCAAGAGGAAAAGGGAAGAUGGGAACCAGCCCAGGGGUUCCCAGGUAUCGAAAAAGCUAAAACAGACACAGAGGUUUAAGUCAAAACAGAACCAGAAGAAUCUGAAGUCAAAGCAUAAUCAGAAGCACCUGCAAUUGAAGAAGGAUCUGAGGCCAAAUCAGAAACAGGAGCUGAGAUUGAAUCACACCAUAUCUGGGGCUCAGGAUCCAUUCCCAGGACCAGCUCCAGUCUCAGAGAAUGCUGUAAAGAAGUUCCAAAGAGGAAGUUCUAAAUUUGUUAAGAAAUAUCCCCUCAAGUUUGUGACUGAACACAAGCUCAAGACAGCUACAGAUGAAGAGGAGGAAACAAGUGUCCGUGCAGCCCAGGCUGAACUUUUGCUUUCUGAGGAGCCUGGAUUCUUAGAGGGAGAGGAUGGGGAAGACACAGCUACAAUCCGCCAGGCUGACAUUGCAGAAGCUGUGGACAUUGCAAGUGCAGCUAAGCAUUUUGACCUGAACUUGCACCAGUUUGGACCCUAUAGGCUCGAUUAUUCACGGACUGGAAGACAUCUUGCCUUGUGUGGGCGGAGAGGUCACGUAGCCACAUUUGACUGGAUAACAAAGAAAUUAAUGUGUGAAAUCAACGUCAUGGAAGCUGUGAGGGACAUACGGUUCCUGCACUCUGAGACGUUGUUUGCAGUUGCCCAGAAACGCUGGCUCCAUAUCUAUGAUAACCAAGGGAUUGAACUCCACUGUGUUCGAAGAUGUGACCGUGUCACUCGACUUGAGUUCCUGCCCUUCCACUUUCUGUUGGCUACAGCUUCAGAGACGGGAUUCCUUACCUACUUGGAUGUGUCUGUCGGCAAGAUUGUAGCAUCCCUGACAGCUCGGGCUGGGCGUCUGGAUGUGAUGACUCAGAAUCCCUAUAAUGCCAUCAUCCAUCUUGGCCACAGCAAUGGCACUGUAUCCCUCUGGUGUCCAGCUGUGAAAGAGCCACUGGUUAAGAUUCUCUGUCAUCGUGGUGGGGUCCGAUCUGUGGCUGUGGAUUCCUCUGGCAUGUACAUGGCAACAUCUGGUCUGGACCACCAGGUGAAGAUCUUUGACCUUCGGGGAAAAUUCCAGCCUCUGACAUCCCGGGCUCUGCCACAGGGAGCUGGCCAUUUGGCAUUCUCACAGCGAGGACUAUUGGCUGGAGGCAUGGGGGAUGUGGUGAAUAUAUGGCGGCCACAGGGGCAAGGGAACUUUAUCUCCCUUGACCAGCCAUAUCUGACCCAUCGGCUCCCUGGCCAUGUCCACAGCCUUCAGUUUUGCCCCUUUGAGGAUGUGCUAGGGGCAGGCCACAGCAGAGGCUUCACUAGCAUCCUGGUACCUGGGGCUGGGGAACCCAACUUUGAUGGACUUGAGAGCAAUCCCUAUAGGAGCCAUAAACAGCGUCAGGAAUGGGAAGUGAAAGCUCUCAUGGAGAAAAUCCCAGCAGAACUGAUUGAUCUGGAUCCACGGAAUCUGGGUGAAAUUGAUGUCAUCUCUUUGGAGCAGAAGAAGAAGGAACAAAUAGAGCGAUUGGGAUUCGACCCUGAGGCUAAGGCUCCCUUCCAGCCAAAGCAGAAAAAGAAGGGACGGAGCUCAACAGCAAACUUGGUGAAGAGGAAGACUAAGGUUAAAGACCAGAAACAGAGGGAGAAAGUUAAGCAGAGCCAGCAGCAGCAGCAAGAUCAGCAACAGAAAAAGAAGAAGAAACCAACUCCUCCCCUAUCUACUGGACCUCUGCCUUCUGCUCUGGAUCGAUUUAAACGCUGAUGAAAGCCCAGAUUUCUGAUCUUGUGUAUUGCUACAGACUUGGAACUUCCUUCCUGUACCCCUGCCCAAGAGAUUGGACAUCUGAGUUAUGGGUGAAGAAUGUAUUAAAUAAAAACUUAGGUUUUUUAUAUGAUA